AGUUGUUGAUUUUCUUGCUCGCAUGGAUCCCUCCAGAAUCAAGCUUUUCGAACUGGACGAGAUGGAUGAAAUUAUGAACGGAUGUGUUGGUGCGGGCGCAUUUGCCGAAGCAUUGCAUAAGGAUAUCGAAGGGAUUGAUUCCACCAAUCUGGCAGCUUCCAUCACCAAUCGCAAUGCUGGAGUAUUGACUCUGGAUGAUAGCUCCACCACAUUGAAGAAUAAUUUGCAAUUCACUAAACAUCUAACUCAGUUGGAGCAAGUUAAAAUUUUUUCUUCUCGCUAUCAAAAUCAGCAUAUUGAUUCUCAAUUACAAUGUGAUCAUAGACUACUACAGCAUGGAAAUACACAUUGUGAAUGGCAAAAAGGGCAUUCAGAUAAUUUUUCUCGGCAAAAUGUUGAUAAUAACCCAUCCCAAGACAUACAUCAGCAUUCCAAGGUACAAAAGCAGAAAGUCCAGCAGUUCAAUAAUCAACAACCUCCCAAUACUGACCUUUCAAAUAAUUCCUUGAACUGGAAGAUACCGAAAAAUUCCCUGGAGUUGAAUAUGUUAGUUCCACAAUUACAGCCUCUCCUUGAUAAAGACAGGUCAAUGCUGCUUCGGGAUUUGUAUAUUAAAUUAUUGAAUAAUGAAAUUAGUAAGGAGAACUACUUAAAAGUUUGCAAUAAAGUUGUUGCGGACCGAAUGAUUAGAAGAGAGGCUGCAGUCCAUCAAGCGCAGAUGCAGAACCCAGUGCAGUCACAAUCUCAAAGUCUCUAUCUAAUUCGUGGAACUAGCAUAAAAUUUCCUCCAAAGAAACGUCCCAUUGGUAAGAAAAAGACGCUUGAAACUUCAGGGAACUCCCAACCCCAAGCAAGCAAAAAGCAGAAGACUAGUGGAGCUUUCCUGGAUCAAAGCAUUGAACAGCUUAAUGAUGUGACUGCUGUAAGUGGAGUCAAUCUAAGGGCAGAAGGGGAGCAACUACUUGUUUCUCGGACAGAAGGAACACAAGCUUCAGAGGCAAUUCAAAGAGUUGUACAGGAGGAAGAAGAAACAUCAAUUCUGCAGAAGGGACCUCUACUGAAAAAACUGACGCAAAUCAUUUCCAGAUGUGGUUUAGGAGGUAUAAGUAAAGACGUGGAGUAUUGUCUAUCUAUGUGUGUAGAGGAACGUUUGCGGAGUUUCAUAGGCAAAUUGAUAAGAUUAUCUAAGCAGAGGCUUGACAUUGAGAACAAGAGGCGCAAACUUGUUGUCACUUCUGAUAUUCAGCACCAGAUUUUGUCUAUGAAUCAAAAAGCCAAGAAAGACGGGAGAAAAAACAAGCUGAGGAAUCAGAAAAGUUUUGCUUUAGCUGAUGCUGAGAAAGAUGCAGAAAAGGACAAAGAUAACAGACCUAAGAAACAUAAGGCUUUAGCUGAUGCUGAGAAAGAUGUAGAAAAGGACAAAGAUAACAGACCUUCUAAGAAACAUAAGUUCCAUCGGGAGGAAGACGAUAAGAUGCGAACUACAGCCACAAAUGCGGCUGCUCGAGCUGCCAUUGGUGCAGAUGAUAUGCUUUCUAAGUGGCAGCUGAUGGCCGAGCAAGCUCGUCAGAAGCCUGAAAGCACUCCGGGUGUAUCUUCCUGUAACCAACAAGGUAGUAGUAGUAUAGAUGAGAACCACUCCCUGCCCAACUUCAGAGAAAAUCUGAGAAAUCUAGAGGAAGAUGGUGGCAUGAGCAGACAUGGCCGAAGCAUAGGAAACUUGUCUAAUCCUAAAACUGAUCGUACAAUUUGUAUUAAGGAUGCCAUUGCUGCUCUUGAGAGGGAACCUAUGAUGUCGAGAUCAACUCUCCUGUAUCGUCUCUAUGAAAGAAGGUCUAGCAGUUAUGGUGCAGGAUGAUCUGCUGUUAAUGAGCUUCUCAUUUAGCAGGUACACAAUUUCAACUUUGAUUGGUUAACUUCGGGGUAAAUAUUUCAACUUUCUUGAUGAAAUUUGUAAAGAAUUUCGACAUUUGGUUGAGGAACCAUCAAGCAUUUAUUAUGAUUAUUAUUUGAUUUGAUAUGUAUAUAAAUUUUUUUAUUGAUUCGUUUGUAAAUUGAAUUGUCUUUCAGCAAUAAAAAUAUAGCAAGUGCCUUUAA